ACUGCGCAUUAUUCAAGCUCCUCGGAACUCGUGGUUUACUGACGGGAUUUACUUUUCUCAUCGUAAACCAUGUCGUUAUCCCGUCUGGUCGUUGAUAAUAACUCAUACAGUUGGAAGUCUAAACUGUUCUCCAGAAUAUCCUGGAGGACCACAGUCACAAUAGGUAUCCCGCUUGGUAUAGCCGGUUUGACCGUCCUUAUAUAUUACCUCAGAAACAAAAAAGAGAAGAGUGAAGCAGAACUUACUCCAGAAACACCAUUAGAGGCUGCUUUAGCGUUAAAGCUGAAAGGAAAUAAAUUUUUCAAGGGUGGGCAAUACUCUCAGGCAAUCAGUUUAUAUGAUGAAGGACUUAAGAAAUGUCCAUUGGAUGCAGUUCAGGAACGUGCAGCUUUCUAUCAAAAUCGUGCGGCAGCCAAAGAAAAUCAACGUCAAUACGAAUCCGCUAUUGAAGAUUGUUCUCUUGCAUUAUCUUUAACACCGCAUUAUUUAAAAGCAUUAAAUCGUCGAGCACAUUUAUAUGAAAAAUUAAAAAAAUGGGAUGAGUGCCUUCUAGAUAUGACAGCUUGUUGUAUUUUUGAAAAAUUUAAAAAUGCUGACAACAUUGUUUUCAUGGAUCAAGUACUUAAAACAAUUGGACAACAGAAAGCUCAAGAAGAACGUUCCAAAUUAUUGCAUGAAUUACCAUCAGCUUCCUUUAUUCGUAAUUAUUUGAGCGCAUUCGCAUGUAAUCCAUUCACAGUUAAUUCUUCACAACUAUCCAGGCAUAAUUCACUGACUGAAACUAAGACUGCAGUUAACGGAGUAACUGAUGAUCAUCCUGUAUCAAAUAUACCCAGCACCACAGAAGUACCCAAUAAUAACAAUCCUAAUCAAUAUGAUUGUACACAAUUUAAAGAACCUCUUCAAUCAGCGUUUAAUAAUGUAAAUUCAGCCUUAAAUUAUAUGACAAAAGGUGAUUAUCAACAGUCAGCUGAUCAUGCAAUGAAAGCCGUUAAUUUGUUCGAAUCAAUCUUAUCGGAUAAAUCGUUCGCAGAUGUAAAGAAUUUGAUCAAUUCAUCAUCAGAGUUAGAUGAUAGUGAAACAGUUUUGAAAUCAAACGACAAUCUCAUCUCUUCUGAAUCUAAUGAACAUAAUCAAAAUGAAAAUGAAUUGGACAACAAAGAAAACAAUAUCGUCACCACAACUUCAAAUAAUACUGAUUCUCUCAAUAAAAUUAAAUCAAAUGAAUCUAUUCAAGUGUAUAUUAAAGAAGUAUAUAAUCAAAUUUCACUUUUACACGCUACUUAUCAAGCAUUAGCUGGACGUUCUGAAGAAGCAAAAGAACGUUUUCAAAAUAUUGGUAUGGUGGACUCUGGAGCUUCAUUAGUGGUUCGUGUUAACGCAUUGAUUAAAUCUGCAUGUUUAUCAAUGUCAGUUGAUCAAGAUGUAGCUGCUUGUCUUUAUGAUUUCCAACGUGCACAAAAUGUUUGGCCUGAAUGUCCGGAUGUGUAUCUUCAUCGAGGUCAAAUUAAUCUAUUAGCUGACCAAUUAGAUGAAGCAUUGCAUGAUUUGAAUACAGCUGUUAAAUUAAAGCCAGAAUUUUCAGUUGCACAGGCUCAGCGUCUGUACACCCUAUAUCGAUGCGCAUUAACUGCUGGUGAUAUUAGCAAAGUGGAUUCUCGUAUUGAAGAGUUUCGUCGAUUAGUAAAGAAAUAUCCAAAUUGUUUGGAAACUCAUUCUUUAUUUGCUCAGGUAAGAUACAUAUAGACUACUUUCCAGGUAUUUAGGUAUGAGCCAUACUCUAAUUGUGUUAUUAAUAAUAAUACUUUGUUGCCGAAACCGAAUUAAGCGGAAGGAGGUUCGGACCUAGGAGUUAGUGGUCAAAAGUGCGACUCCUACUCUUACAACAACUAGUAUUUUAUAUGUGAAAGUAGACAGUUGUGACCAGGAGGGCAUAUACUACAGCAUAUUGCUUAUGCAUUAGAAUAUCAGGUUUUCGAUUAAGUUUGUGGGUUAAUGAAUGCAUUCGAUCAGUAACUGAAGUUAGCGAUUUUGUGUGAUCACAGACUAGCUGUUUACAAAGUAAUGGAAAUUCAAACAAAAAAGAACAUGAUCUCAAUCAUAUUGAGAUCAUCCAAAAUCACUUAUGUUCUCAACUGAAUCAAACAACUCUCUUACUUCAUAUUCUUAUUUCCUAGUUAAUUCUAUUUUAAUAUAUGAAUACAGAAUACCAUGAAGAUAUUUAUAUGAUCAAAUACUGUCACUACACAUAUUUUGUCUGAUUUCCAGAGGUGACUUAAUUUCACAGUCCUUGAAUAUUACAUAUAGAGACUCCUUUUCGGGUAUGCUCACUUUUAUAGGGAAAUUUGCUACAUUGUAGUUUUAAUUGUUGCGUAAUUUUCAUAUAGAGUGUAUCGAUCAUUACAAUGAAGUAGCUAUGUAUGUGUUAGCGGAACAUAGAUUAGAUUAAAUCAUGUUCAUUGCACGCUUGCGUUGGCGCACGCUGAUUGGCUAUUUCUUACCCAAUUAGCGCUAGCCGAUGCUUGGAGAAUACUCUGGAUUCUUCUCAUGUAAAAACUAUAAAUAUACUAACGUUUUUCCUAUUGUGUUUCUUACUUCCAUCUAACCUUGUUAAUUGGAAUAUAAUCUCUUUCCUGUUCAACCGUGUUCUGAUAUGGGGACUUGUCGAGUGAAUCUGUGUCCAAGAAUACUAAGCAAUAGUAAUAGCUGGGUUAUAACGAUCCUGUCUGAACGUGGUGAUUUUAAAGAGAGUGAUAAAAUAUUUGCUGAUUUAAUAACACUUGCACCAGACUCUGGAUUAGCCUAUGCUCAUCGUGGCCUAUUACAAUUAAAAUGGAAACAAGAUCGUGAUGCAGCAUUAUGUUUCUUUUUAGAAGGUAUUCAAAAAGAUCCUAAAUGUGAAUUAAUUCAUGAAUUACUUGGUCAAUUAUCUGUAGAAAAAGGUCAAUUUAGUGAAGCAUUAAAACAUUUUGAUAUGGCAAUUAAACAAGCUAAAACACAAAAUGAUUUAUCACAUUUAAUUGCAUUACGUGAAGGUGUCAAUGCACAAUUAAAAGUAUGUGAACAAUAUAAAAUAUCAAUACCGGAUGUUUUAUCAAGUAUACAAUAUGAACAACAAAAAUUCUUAAUGGCUAUGCAAGAGAAAUUGUAAAGAUAAUUAAAAUAUACUAACAAACAAUAAAAUUGACUUCCUGUCUUAUGAGAAUAGCAACAAGAAGUUUAAAAAAAAAGACAAACAGACUACUUAUAUUACCAUCUUUGUUAUUAUUUGGUUGUUUUUUUUUUCUAUAAGGGCAACGGAACAUUUGUGUUCCCUUGUUGUUGUCUUAUUUUGUAUAGAAAGAAAAAUUGUUGACAAUCAUUUAUAGAUCAUUCCAUCUUGAAUAAUUAAUCUAUUUGUCCCUUUCUCUUACUCACACACACACACACACACUCUCUCUCUUUGUCACAUCGAUACUCAUCAGUGUUUCAAAUUUCCUUGAUUUUUUAAAAAUUAGGAAUGUGUUCUGAUUUAGUGC